AUGUCAGCACCUCAGCAAGCACUCCUCACGUCUAUCCGCGAUCCUGAUGUGGAGGGUGGCCGCCUCCUCACGACGGUCUUGCAGAAGAAUUGCAUUCCAUGUGUUUUAUGGGCUGUCAGUGCCGCCGUCCACUAUGGGGGUGGCCUUUGUCCUUUGGAUAUCGAGAUUGCAAUCAAUGCAUCGGACCAGCAACGCGUCUUUGAGAUAUUGUCAUCUCAUGGCCUUUCUAUCUCCAGUCCCGAUCAUCAAAGUGCACCACCUUCUUCAUUCGAGGAGUGGUUCAAGAACGCACCGUCGUCCUCACAAUUCCACGAUCGCCGCAGGACUCGCUUAUUGACUCCCAUAUACGAGUUGCCUGCCACUGGAAAUCCACUGGACGAUAUGUUGCGACCAUUCAUCAUCGUGUAUUCUGCCGAGGAAGUUGGCUUGCCUCUUAUCUCUCCGCCGACAUCAUCCACUGAGACUAAGCCCACCGAGGCUUACAUUACAUUAUCUGUUUUGAACCCGGAUCUUGCUUUGUGCAACAAUGCAUUUUCCUCCAGAGAAACUCACAAAGCUCAGGUCAUGGACUCCAUGAUUCCUUCUUUCACCUCUUUGGUCAAGUCAGAGAUGCACGUUUUGCUGAUGCACGCUGAAGUGCAUUCACCUGUCUGGGGCCAGCAUAUGGCUCAGCUUUCCGAGCUCGUCUACUCUCGAGCUUGCGCAGAUGGGCCAGACAACCUGCAAGAGGUGGUAGCGAAUGCAAGUUUCAAAGAAUUCAUAUCAUGGUUCCGGGCAAGUCUCAAGGGAGAAACAGAUUACGAAACGCUGGAGGGUCUGCGAGCCUCCUACCGCGAUAUCUAUCAGUUGCAAGAUGACCAGUUUUCUGGGUCUCUGCGGUGCCAAUAG